AUGCCACCCGAGGAACGCCUUGCCGCAGCACAAGGUUUCAUCCAACAACUCCACGAAUGGCGUCAAGCUCUUCCUCCCCAUCUCGGCACCGUUCGUCCCUCCAGCCUAAUCCCCAUAUUCUCACGGCAAGCCACCGCUCUGAAGCUUGCAUACUGCCACGCCGUAAUGCAUACAACCCGGCCAUUCCUUCUUGAUCACUCAGAAGACUGCAGUCCUGCAUUAAAAGCUUGCGUGACACAGUGCAUAAGCGCAGCAAAACUCGCACUAGAAAUUGUCGACGGCAUGUUCUCCGAGAAAUCAGUCCUAUUCCAUGCUCUAUGGUGGAUGCCCUACGUAACCUUUUGCGCAUUAGCAGUGGUGUACGUAUGGGACAUUCAGCAAAGGAGCAACACAACCGCUGAUCCUGGCAACGCAAUGCUAUUCGACCUCGCAGAGAAAUGCCAGAAUCAUCUAGCAAGAACUAUCGCUGCUGAGUCCGCAAGUCGCAGAUACAGCAUCAUCAUUGAGGAAUUGCGACAGGAAGCGAGACAAGGACCACAGCAUGCUACAAGGCCAUCGCAGACAAUUCAAUGUCAGCAGGAGUCACUCAUUUCGAGUGAACACGAGUCGGGUACGAGUAUAGAUGAGUUGGGUUCCAUGUUUGACGAUCAGGAUGAAACGAGUUCGGGGUUACAGUCUAUUAUGAAUCCAUUGAGUCAGUGGCAGCCCACUGACUGGUUGGAUCUUGACUCUUCGGCCUUCACCUUCUUCUCUCAGCUUGAAGACUCAAUGCUCUAUUAG